AGCACGCAACGCCGAGUGCAGAGAGAAGCUCCCGUGACCCAGCAUGUCAUAGUCGUUUUAAAGCUCAGAACUCUAAAAUGGCAGAGCAAGUUCCUCCAGGCAAGACUGCUAACCAGGUACGCACCUUCCUUUUCAAAAAACCUGGGCGGAAAGGGGCUGCAGGCCGCAGAAAGCGCCGGGCCUGCGAUCCGGAGCGGGAUGAGAGCAGCCCCAGUAGUGAGGAAGGCAGCACUGUGGUCCGCCCGGAGAAAAAGCGGGCGACCCACAAUCCAAUGAUACAGAAGACUCGUGGCAGCGGUAAACAAAAGGCGGUUUAUGGCGACUUGAGUAGCGAGGAGGAGGAGAUGGACAAUGCGCCCGAGAGUCUUGGGGUGGUUUAUAAGUCCACCCGCUCGGCGAAACCCGUGGGACCAGAGGAUAUGGGGGCGACAGCUGUCUACGAGUUGGACACAGACAAGGAGCGUGACGCACAAGCUAUCUUUGAGCGCAGCCAGAAAAUCCAGGAGGAGCUGAGGGGCAAAGAGGAUGACAAGAUCUAUCGGGGAAUUAAUAAUUAUCAGAAAUACAUGAAGCCCAAGGAUACGUCAAUGGGCAAUGCCGCCUCCGGGAUGGUGAGGAAGGGCCCCAUUCGAGUAGUGGUUCAUUUUAGACCCCAUCUUACUGCAGCUAGUGAAGCUCAUUUUUUACUCUGUUUAAAUAAAGGUCUUCUGAGUAAAAUUUAG